AUGACCGGAUACUCACAACUCGUAGAAGCACAAAGAAUUUUCAGCUCUUUACUUCAAGAUCAGAACUUACCAGUGCCCGAUGAAUUCAAAUCAUUGGCACAAGACGUAAGCUUCUAUAAUAACUCAGAUAGCCUUGUAUUACCUUGCAGAUUAAAAGAAUGUGAGAUGGCAGCUGCUUUGAAGGGUUUAGAGGCUACGGCUGCGGUUGCUAUUGCUAAUUUGAGAUACGGGGUUAAUGAUAAUGCAAAGAUUGACUUGCAGCAUGCAUUAAUGUUCCUCUUCCUGACCUACUUGGCCUCGGUAGAUGGUAUGACUAAAUUAGACAAGAAUGUUGUGUCGAGAUUGAAGCAAACUGAUAUAAAUGAAGCGCAGUCAAUUACGUACAGAAGAAUGUCUGCAAAUUUGUACAAAACUAAGGACGAGAGGUACUAUCAUAUCCAUGGGUCCUUAGAGGCGUCCACCACGUUGAACAUGAUUGGAUUACCAGCAUAUGAGCCAGAACUUACCGAAUAUGAAGAUGUUAUCAAAGUUAUUCAGGGAGCGGUAAGCAAGCUCGAUUGUGAUGACCUAGAAGCUUUGAAUACCCAGAACCGCCAAGCUGGUAUCGAGGCAUUGACCGAAGAACAAUUUUUAGAGACAAAGCAUGGAAAAGUCAUUCUGAAGGAACCAUAUUGGACAAUUGAAAGUAUGGAACAAGAAACCCCACCGGUAGCAUUUGCAUGUUCUACAGGCACAGAUAAGCCAAAAAUAUUGCAAGGAAUUAAAAUAUUAGAAUUGUGUCGUAUCAUUGCAGGUCCUACGAUUGGUCGUAUCCUUGCUGAAUACGGUGCAGAAGUUAUAAAAGUUACCUCUCCAAACCUUCCGGAUGUGCCUUUUUUCCAAGUUGAUGUGAAUGUUGGUAAACAUACCACAUCAUUGAAUUUAAAGAAUGAACAGGAUAGGGAAACUUUUGAGGCUUUACUUCGUGAUGCCGAUGUUAUUCUUGAUGGAUAUAGAACAAAUGCAAUUGAAAGAUUGGGAUAUGGACCUUCAAAUAUUGCUGAAAUGGCUAAAUCAAGAAAGAAGGGAUAUAUUUAUGGUUCUGAAAAUUGCUUUGGUUUCAAUGGUCAAUGGGCUGAUAGAGCUGGCUGGCAACAGAUAGCAGACUGUGCUUCAGGUGUUGCCUGGAUUCAUGGUAAGUCCUUAGGUUUAGAUGAACCGUUGAUUCCACCUUUUCCUAUGUCCGAUUACGGAACUGGUUGUAUGGUUGCAAUAGCUGUACUUACGGCAAUUUAUAAAAGAGCACGCUACGGUGGUAGUUAUUGGUGUAAAUCCUCAUUAGUGCAAUACGAUUUAUUGUUAUUAAAGCAAGGGUUAUACCCAGAUGAUUUAUGGAAGGAAUCAUUAACCCAACACGAUAAGGAGAUCUUCAAUUUGAGAUAUUGUGACUCUGUCGACAAAAUUUCUUCAACUUGUCUUCGCUCAAUGAAAAGAAUAAAGCCAGAGUUGUUUGAUGAUACCGUUAGUGAGAAGAAGUAUAUGGAAGAGAUGGACGCACCUGCCUUCAAAGGAAAGAUCAAAGUAUUGAAACCCGUAGUCGAAUAUUCAUCAACUUCGGUGGGAUUCGAUUGUCCCAGCAGACCAAACGGUUAUGAUAAACCUGAAUGGUGGAAAUAG